CAUCAAGGUAAGUCAGCUUAUACUGCAAUAGUUUUUAUGAUUAAGUUCGGGUGGGGGAGGGGGUUAAGGGAGGAAAAAUAAUGUAGAGACCAACGAGUUUUAAAUAAAAUGAGGACUGAGACUAAGACCACCUGUGAGCAUACAAGAACUGAAAGGAAAUGUUGUGCUUUCGGUUCUUCUUUCAGAUGAAGGAAUCGUUACUUUGGAUCAUUGUGCCAUUCCUGGCUAUUGUUUUAAGUCUUGAGGCUGUUACAGGUAACAAAGUUGGAGUGUGAGAAAUUAUUUGUCCUUUUUCCAUCCUCCUUCGUUAUUGAUCACCUUUUUCACCAUUAUAUAAUUCGCCUGAGUGAUGACACGAUUUUGGAUUUACAACACUCGAUUGAAAAGCGCUUAAUUCCAAUUCAUACAACAAUUUUGUCUUGAUAGGGUCUAGACUUGUCAAGGCGUAUGAAGUUGGAUCUAGGCGAAUUGAUGCCCAUAUCUGUGGCGAUCAUAUCAAAGAAGUCUACACAAAACUGUGUAUUGACGAAUCUGUUGGAAAGAGGAAACGUAGUAAGAGAAUCUUAUUGUUUCUUUUGUGGCCUGAAAUUCUCAAUCACUAAACAUGAUCGCCUAAUUUGUUGCAUUUUCAGGAUCGCCUUUGAUGGAAGAAAAGGAGGCACUAAGUUUUAUACAUUCUGAAAGCAAUGGAAGUCUACGAAAAGCACGUUCAGUUAGAACUGUUGAUAUUGUUGAGGAGUGUUGUAGAGAGGGUUGCACUAUCGGUGAAUUGAAGGAAUAUUGUUGAAGUAACUGAUGGCAAAUUUACAUGACAGUGGCAAAAUAGGUUCUAAGGAGUAUUUAUCUUGGAAAUUCGUUACCAAAUUUGUAAAAAGAUGAAAUAAAUUAAAUUUAACACAACAAAAAGUGAUCAAUGG